GCUAUAAGAUCCCCAAACUCAUCUGGUUUCUCAGAGCCUCCAGUCAGUUUUCUCCAAACACUCACACAUACAGACUCACACACAUACAUACACACAUACAGACACACACACACACACACACACACACACACACACACACACACACACACACACACUCACACACACACACACACACACACACACACACACACACACACAAACACAGAGGCGUGAUAUGGUCCGGGGUACUUAACAGUGCAGAUUUCUCUUGGAGGGGUCGAGAAGCAAUUGUCACGACUUGGACUUUAGCCAAAAGAGGCACUGAAAACGGCUAUACUUCUCGGACUGGACGCCCAAUCACUCACAGCUGACCUCAGAAAACUAAAAGGAGGGAAGUGGAAUUGUGUGACGCAAGGGUACAUCCUGUUCCAUGAUGGGGAUCCCGAAUGACCUCUCCCUUUUCAACUCCACCUCCUCCCCAUAUUCAACGACAGAGAUCUAUCUGAACACCUCUCUAGCCUCCUCUGCUCCCCCCUGCACAGACUGGCCUCCUGUCCCCAUGACCACAGUCAUCCCGGUCAUCUACAGCAUCAUCUGCGUGCUGGGAACCGUAGCCAACGCCCUGGCAGUGUGGGUGUUGGCGCAUGCCAGUGCCUUAAGGAGAACUGUAGCUAACACUUUCAUGCUGAACCUGUGUGUGUCUGACCUGCUGUUCCUGCUGUCUCUCCCGCUGUGGGCCGUCUACUACUCCCAGGGCUACAGCUGGCCCUUUGGCCUGGUUGCCUGCAAAGUCUGCGGCGCUCUCCACAACCUCAACCUCUACGCGUCUAUCUUCUUCAUCACAUGCAUGAGCGUGGACCGUUACCUGGCCAUCGUGCGUCCACUCCGCUCCCAGAGUGCACGAUACCCCAAACGGGCCCGGCUCACGUGCAUCCUGGUGUGGGUGCUGGCGUGCGCUUGCUCGGCCCCCACUUUGUAUCUGAGGGACACUUACCCCCUGAAGGGGCUGGGCGUGGUGGCCUGCGUGAUUGACUACCCUGAUCAUACCUGGUAUCUGACCCUGGUCUGGAUGAAGAUUGCUCUGGCCUUCCUGCUGCCGAUGUUUGUCAUCUCUUGUUGUUACUGGGCUAUUGGUAGACAUUUGUUGGCGGACACAGGGCUGGUAAGAAUGCAGAAUCCGUCGCAACGCACCAACAUGACCUCCUUUAAAUCACUGGAGCUAAAGGAAGGCUGCAGUAAACCAGAGAGACCACCGACCCCUUGUGUGUGCCCCAGCUCCAGCGGGAGCAGACCCCUGGAGCGGGUGUUGUGGACAGUAGCUGCUGUGGUCGUGGCCUUCUUCGUCUGCUGGUUCCCCUUUCACUGCGUGACUUUCUUGGACGCGCUGAAGAGCGACGGCUGGCGGGACAGCUGCAGGAUGUACUGGACCAUCCACACCCUCACCCCUCUGACCCUUUGCUUGGGCUUCUCCAACUCAGCCAUCAACCCCGUGCUCUACUGCUUCGUCGGAAACCAUUUCCGGGGCCGUCUCGGGGGGCUCUGCAAGGGCCUGUGUGCUUGUCUUGAGGCCCGUGGGGGAGAUCACAGUCAGAACAGGGGCUCCUUCAGCACCAGGCUGAGCUCCUUCUCUCGAAAACUCAGUGACCUGAAGGACCUGGCGAUUGUGGAGCCCUCUGGUCCUGCCUUACCAGCCCUUCAGAGGGGAGGCUUUUCCUUCCCUCCACUGGCUUCACAGCCCAACGAGUGAUGCCAACGUCAAGUGCCUGCUGAACUCCAAUAAGCAUGGAUGUGUGUGAGACAGAGCUGUUACUAAAACUGACUAAGUCUAUUUCCAGCAGAGCUCAAUGCUGCCCUACAAAGAAAAAUUAACAAAAGAAAACAUGAAGCUGAGGGAAAAAAGGGUUUAAAGUUUUGAGGCUGGAUAGCCAAACUGUGUGACAAACAACUUUAUACAUUUCAUGUCUUUAAUGCUGCAGCAGGCAGCUCAUUACAGCGAAAAAGCUCCAAGAAUCCACUGUACGGACACAGUUAGCGACUAGCUAGUGAUCAUAGUGGAGCAUUUAGCAGCUAAAGAGCCAGAUAUUUCCCUCAGGAGUUGUAGGAGAGCAAACACAGAGCUGGGGGAAGAUUGGACACGCAUUCAUCAGGUAGCCAGAAACAUGACUCCAUAUGAAAUAGAAUGUUGCUCCAUGACUUCGAAUAGGGAAAAUAUUUUAACUAAUAAAUAUCACUAUGCAACCUCCCCAGGUGAUUACUUACAUUAAGACAAUCAUGUUUGGUAUUACACGUUGUUUUGAAAUUGCAUGUUUAAAUAUGUGAAUGAUGCAUUAUCCUAAUAAAUAUGUGCUAAUUUGCAUAGCUACAUUUCCAAACAGAAACAUUGGAUAAAGCCAGGUUAAUAUUUUUGUUUCAUUUGGUUGACAUAGGCCUAUUAGAGCCAAAUGUUUUUUUGUGAAUUUAGGAGGAAUCUAUUGAAGCGAGUAGAAAAAGGGUAACGGUAGUCACCUUAAUGUGUAUUUUGAAUGUUUGUUUCCCACUUGUCAAAAAGAAGACAUGUUAUCGAAGCAAAUUAGCCUCCCAAAAAUAAAAAAAUAAUAAUAAUGUUUUUGCCUGUAGUGUCUCCCCUUCAAAGGCAAUGCUAUGUCAGUUUGGUGUUUACAAAGUUCCCUCAUGUGGCUAAAAAAGAAUCAUAUACAGUAGGUUUAGGUGUGCAGGAAAGAACCUGUAGGCAGUUACAGCUAAUCUGGCUAACCUAGGCUAGUAUUAUUUCAGCAGGACUCGUUUAGCUGCUGUUUCUUUCUGUUUUUUCAUCAUGGUCGGAUUUUCUGCCUCAUUUUUAUGGAAUGAUAAACUUGUUUAAAAAGAUGUUGGAUGUUCAUAAUAGAGUUUUCACAGGAAAACAGGUUUAAUAGAGUACAUUUAGCGAUACCUAGGCUAGCUGUGGCUAUCUUACAGCUAGCUUUGAUUUAAGCUGUUUUGUAGUUUUGCAAACUGUGAUGUUUCUUCUGAAAUUAUACUAAUUGCAAAAUAAUACUGUAAUUGUAUUGGUUAAACAAUUUUAUAUGGUAACUCUAUGUCUACCGAAUGUGUAAUGACUUGGCUUUGUAGAUAUAUUAUAUGUAAUCAUGUAACUUUGUUUUAUGGUAUUAUUCUGUAAAGAAAGUUUAGGAAAAUGACUGCAUUUCUUUGACUGAAUAAGAAAUAAAGUGAACAAUAUUUCCCUAAAAA